GCAGAGGCAAUGGGUGGAACCAAUCACUCAGUGGUGUCUGAGUUUGUAUUCCUGGGAAUCUCCAAUUCCUGGGAGAUCCAGCUUCUUCUUUUCUUCUUUUCCUCUGUGUUCUACACUGCAAGCCUGAUGGGAAACCUCCUCAUUGUGUUCUCUGUGAGCUCUGACCCGAACUUGCACUCCCCCAUGUACUUCCUGCUGGCCAACCUCUCCUUUCUUGAUGUGGGGGUUUGCUCUAUUGCUGCUCCCAAAAUGAUUUAUGAUCUUUUCAGAAAACGCAAAGCCAUCUCUUUUAGAGGUUGUAUAACUCAGAUCUUCUUUAUUCAUGCUGUUGGGGGCACAGAAAUGGCGCUGCUCAUCGCCAUGGCCUUUGACAGAUACGUGGCCAUCUGCAAGCCUCUCCACUACCUGACCAUCAUGAACCCACGAAUGUGCAUUUUGAUUCUGGCUGCCGCCUGGGUCCUUGGCCUCAUCCACUCAGUGGCCCAACUGGCUUUUGUUGUACACUUGCCCUUCUGUGGUCCUAAUGUAUUGGAUAGCUUUUAUUUUGACCUACCACAGCUCAUCAAACUUGCUUGCACAGAGACCUAUAGACUAGAGUUCAUGGUCACGGCCAACAGUGGACUCAUCUCCGUGGGUUCCUUCUUCAUACUCAUUAUUUCUUACAUCUUCAUUUUGGUCACUGUUUGGAAACACUCUUCAGGUAGUGUAUCCAAGGCCCUCUCCACCUUGUCAGCUCAUGUCACUGUAGUGGUUUUAUUCUUUGGGCCAUUAAUCUUCUUCUACACCUGGCCCUUCCCCUCAUCACACCUGGACAAGUUUCUUGCUAUCUUUGAUGCAGUUCUCACUCCUUUUCUAAAUCCAGUCAUCUAUACCUUCAGGAACAAGAAGAUGAAGGCAGCAAUGAAGAAACUCUGCCAUCAGCUUGUGAGUUACAGGAAGAUAUCCUAG